UUGACGCGUCAUCAGUGAGGGAAGUUUCCGAUCUUUAAGGAGAGAGUAGUUUAAACCUUGAAACCCGGAAAAAGCCCGGAUAAAACAUGGUUUAACGUGGUUUUAUUAAACUUUACCACCAUGUUGGAGCUGUGGGAGGAUUCAGCUCAUCAUGCAGUGGAGGAGACACUCGACAGGACUGGUUUUCAGCUUCUUCUUCGUCUUCUCCUAUUUCACUAAUAAGUUUGUCCUCUCUGUGUUAAAGUUUACAUAUCCAACUUUAUUUCAAGGAUGGCAGACCUUUAUCGGAGCUGUUCUUCUUCUGCUCUCUGGGAAACUGGGCUGGGUGGAGAUGAGCCGGAUCACCAGAUCAGCUGCUCUGUCCUGGCUCCCCGGUUCUCUCCUGUUUGUAGGAAAUAUUUAUGCUGGCUCACGGGCCCUGUCACACCUGGACAUUCCUUUCUUCUUCACGCUACAGAACUCUUCCCAUGUGGUCAGUUUCAUCAUUGGGAAGGUCGUCCACAGUGAGAAAAUACAGAGACUGAAACUGAUCAGCCUCUGCCUUGUUCUGCUGUCAGCCAUCAACCUGCCUCACUACGAUCCACAGUUUGACUCCAGUGGUUACUUGUGGGCUGUUGCUCACCUGUCCUGUGUCGGAGCCUACAGAGUAUUUCAGACUCACCACAAACCUACUAAUUUAAGUGAUCUUGAACAGCAGUGCAUCAAUUACCUGUUCAGCGUGCUGCUGCUCAGCGUGGCUGCUCAUCCAACAGGUGACCUGUCAGCAGCUCUCCAGUUUCCCUCUCUUCAGUCUCAUUCCUUCCACUGUGGCUGCUGUGCCAGCGCUCUGCUGGGGUUUCUGCUACUGAUGGCCACCAUCAGACUGAAGACAGGAUUAUCACUGGAACAUUUCUGGGUCUGGAUUUUUAUCUCCAAGGUCUCCACGAUGUGCCUCUCUCCGUUCAUCUUUGACAUGGACCUCAACACUCCGUCUCUGAUCUGCGUGGUCCUCAGUCAUGUUGGAGAAGCUCUGCUGGUUUAUUCAGACAGAGAAUCUCAGUCAUGACCUCUGAUCUGCCGCUGAGAUUAUUGAUGAAUUUGCACUUCACUCCCAAAGAGAUUAUUCUAUCAAAUCUUUAUUUUUCCACUUUAUUUUGACUGUUUUUCUAUUUCCGAUAAUCUGCUGACCAAAUAAAUGUUCUCUACAUCU